CCGACGCCGAGCCGCAGGGGGGGGAGGCGGCGGCGCCCGCGGUACCAGCCGCGGAGCCUCGGGGCCACCUCGGGGGCCGCUCCCCCGCGGGGCUUGCGCGCCGGCUCGAGGGGUCUCCCCUGUUGCGCGGCGGCCGCCGAUCCCCACGCUCCCGAGGAGGUGGCGAGGCCCGCCCGGAGAGAGAGAGAGAGGGAGAGGGAGAGCCAUGGCCAUGAACGCCUCGCGCACGAGCGUGCCCCUGUCCUCGCCGACGCCGCCGCCGGGCGCGCCCCCGGGGAGCCUGAGCACGAGGAGUCUGAGCAGCGGCAAACUCCCGCCAAUCCACGCGGGUGGCCCCAUGAUGUCGUCGGCCGAGGGCAAGUUCCACUGGGCGGCCGCCAAGCCGCGGAAGGCGUGCCAAGGCCACAACGCGCUGGCGAAGGCGUCGCUGUGGCUGGAGGCCGACCGGGGCGAGAGGAAGCCGGCCUCGGAGAUGGCGGUGCCCGGGUCCACGCGCUCGCCGACCAGCAAUGCGGGCCCUGCGGGCCCGAGCCCGACGGAAAAGAAGCCGCGAGCGGUGCAGCCGCGCCACCGUCAGGGGAGCUUCGACAGCAUCUGCCACGCGAUCGCGGAGAAGGCCACGCAGAAGUUCAGGAACACCCGCGAGGCCUUCCGCUUCAUCGACGAGGACCACGACGGGACGAUCUCGAAGACGGAGAUGCGGUACUUCUUCCGCGCCUACGACUUCGGCCCCGAGAUCGCCGACUCCUUCUUCGAGUUCCUGGACCAGUACGACCAGGGCGAGAUCCCGUACAACGACUUCGUCGCGUUCAUGAGCCCCCACUUCAACGACGUCCGUCCCGGGUCCCCCACGCUGAACGUGGAGGCGGUGCAGAGCCGGGCCACCUCCACGACGCCGUGCCCGCUGCUCGCCGAGAAACGUGGAGAAGGUGCACAAGGAGUUCGCGGAAGUGCUCAAUCCCCUUGGGUCAUCGGCCAGAAGGUGCCCUCGAAGUUCCCCUCCCUGCGCCACGUGUGGAGGUACGUCGACAACGAUCACGACGGAAAGGUGUCCAAGAGCGAGAUGCGGGCAUUCUUCCGAGCGUUCAAUUUGUCGCAGGAGGAGUCGGACAGGCUUUAUGAUCGCAUGGACCAGGAGGGCGACGGGGAGAUCUAUUACGAGCACUUUGUCAAAUACCUCGGGCCCUUCAUCGCGCCCGACGCCACGGACGUGAGCUCCAUCCUCAAGGCGCCGAAGAAGACGAAGCAGGUCGUGACGAGCCCCGCGGACCCGUCGCUGAUGAGGCAGUCUGGGUGCCGGAGCCCGGAGCCCCCGAGCCCGCGGAGAAGCGGCGGGCACGAGGCCCAUCAACAUCGGAAGCAUCCUCAUCUGAUUCCUGGAGGCCUCAGGCGCUCGGGACCGCGGCCCGAGGUGGAGCUGGACCAGGACCCCGAGCUGCGCCACGAGCUGAAAGCGCUCAUGAUCGACAUCGGCCGCAAGCUGCCGCUGAAGUUCAAGCACCAGCGCGACGCCUUCCGCAUGCUCGACCUGAAGCGGGACGGGCGGAUCACUCGCUCCGAGAUGCAGAGUUUCUUCCGGGGCUUCGGGAGGGACGAGCAGGUGGCGGACCGCAUAUUCGACAUGUUGAAGGAGGAGCCCCACUUCCAGGUGGACUUCAAGAGCUUCAUGUCGCACUUUG